AUGGCGGACAAAAAGCGAGUCAAGUACUUCGUGGCUGAUGCUUUCGCUGAUUCCGCCUUCAAAGGGAAUCCAGCUGCUGUUUGCUUUCUGGACGAGGACAAUCAGAGAGACGACGCGUGGCUUCAGUCUCUCGCCGCCGAAUUCAACAUUUCCGAGACUUGCUUCCUUACUCCGAUCACCGAUGGUCGCGAUUUCCCUCGCUUCCGUCUCCGGUGGUUCACUCCUGCCGCCGAGGUGGAUCUGUGUGGUCAUGCAACAUUAGCAUCUGCUCACAUUCUCUUCUCAAACGGUUUGGUUGAUUCAGAAAUAGUGGAAUUCGCCACAAUAUCAGGGAUUUUAACAGCGAAACGUGUUCCAGUUACUUCAGAGCUCAAAGAUGGUGAAGGAGAGUCAACAACCUUCUUGAUCGAACUGAAUUUCCCCGUUGUUCCAACUUGUGAAACCAACUCCAUUGAUGAUCUCUCUGUGAUCUCCAAAGCAUUGAAUGGAGCAACCAUUGUUGAUAUUAAAGCCACAAAGAGGGACCUUCUCGUUGUGCUUUCAUCAUGGGAAUCUGUUACAGAGUUGCAGCCAAGAAUAAAUGAGAUAUCGAAAUGCCCUUGCGAGGGAAUGAUUGUGACCGCCGCUGCAUCUGCAGGAUCUCCAUAUGAUUUCUGCAGUCGCUACUUCGCACCUAAAGUAGGAAUCGAUGAGGACCCUGUUACUGGAAGUGCGCAUUGUGCCUUAGCACAUUACUGGAGCAUCAAGAUGAACAAGUCUGAUUUCUUAGCCUACCAGGCUUCAAGCAGAGGCGGGACGCUCAAGGUCCAUCUUGACAAAGAGAAGCAGAGGGUGCUGCUUAGAGGCAAAGCAAUCACUGUAAUGGAAGGUCGUGUCUUAGUUUGA